GGAUCGGGGACCCGGCAUGGCGCUGCGGAGGGGCGGCGGCGGGGUGCCGGGGCUGCUGCUGCUGCUGGGCGCCGCUUGCCUGAUCCCGCCGAGCGCGCAGGUGAGGCGGCUGGCGCGCUGCCCCGCCACUUGCAGCUGUACCAAGGAGUCCAUCAUCUGCGUGGGCUCUUCCUGGGUGCCCAGGAUCGUGCCGGGCGACAUCAGCUCCCUGAGCCUGGUAAAUGGAACCUUCUCGGAAAUCAAGGACCGAAUGUUUUCUCAUCUGCCUUCCCUGCAGCUGCUAUUGCUGAAUUCUAACUCGUUCACAGUCAUCCGGGAUGAUGCUUUUGCUGGACUUUUCCACCUCGAAUAUCUGUUCAUCGAAGGGAACAAAAUAGAAACCAUCUCCAGAAACGCCUUCCGUGGCCUUCGUGACCUGACCCACCUGUCUUUGGCCAACAACCACAUAAAAGCACUCCCCAGGGAUGUCUUCAGUGAUUUAGACUCUCUGAUUGAACUAGAUUUAAGGGGCAAUAAGUUUGAAUGCGACUGCAAAGCCAAGUGGUUGUACCUGUGGUUGAAGAUGACAAAUUCCACUGUUUCUGAUGUCCUGUGCAUUGGCCCACCAGAAUAUCAGGAAAAGAAGCUCAAUGACGUAACCAGCUUUGACUAUGAAUGUACAACUACAGAUUUUGUGGUUCAUCAGACUUUGCCCUACCAGUCGGUUUCGGUGGACACGUUCAACUCCAAGAAUGACGUGUACGUGGCCAUCGCUCAGCCCAGCAUGGAGAACUGCAUGGUGCUGGAGUGGGACCACAUCGAAAUGAAUUUCCGGAGCUACGACAACAUUACAGGUCAGUCCAUCGUGGGCUGUAAAGCCAUCCUCAUUGACGACCAGGUCUUUGUGGUGGUGGCCCAGCUCUUCGGCGGCUCCCACAUCUACAGAUACGACGAGAGCUGGACCAAGUUUGUCAAGUUCCAAGACAUAGAAGUCUCUCGCAUUUCCAAGCCCAACGACAUCGAGCUGUUUCAGAUCGAGGACGAGACGUUCUUUGUCAUCGCAGACAGCUCCAAAGCGGGGCUGUCCACCGUCUAUAAGUGGAACAGCAAGGGCUUCUACUCGUACCAGUCUCUGCACGAGUGGUUCCGGGACACGGACGCCGAGUUCGUUGACAUCGACGGAAAGUCGCACCUGAUCCUGUCCAGCCGCUCCCAGGUCCCCAUCAUCCUCCAGUGGAACAAAAGCUCUAAGAAGUUCGUCCCCCACAGUGACAUCCCCAACAUGGAGGACGUGCUGGCCGUGAAGAGCUUUAGGAUGCAGAACGCCCUCUACCUGUCUCUCACCCGCUUCAUCGGGGACUCCAGGGUCAUGAGAUGGAAUAGCAAGCAGUUCGUGGAGGUCCAGGCCCUCCCGUCCCGGGGGGCCAUGACCCUGCAGCCCUUCUCGUUCAAAGAGAAUCACUACCUGGCCCUGGGGAGUGACUAUACCUUCUCCCAGAUAUACCAGUGGGAUAAAGAGAAGCAGCUCUUCAAAAAAUUUAAGGAGAUUUAUGUGCAGGCACCUCGUUCCUUCACUGCCGUCUCCACUGACAGGAGAGAUUUCUUCUUUGCCUCCAGUUUCAAAGGGAAAACAAAGAUUUUUGAACACAUUGUUGUUGACUUAAGUUUGUGAAGGUGUGAUGGGUGAAUUUAAAAGACAUGUAGCUUUAGCUCUUACAAGAGAGGACCGAGGGGGAGGCGGGGAGCAAACGCAGCAGCCAGAUUCACCGUCUGAUGUGAAAAAGGCACCGGGGAAAUAGGUAGAAGUUUUCAAACUCUUAGAACUCAUAUUUUAAUCAGGGAUUGCAUUUAUUGGCUAACUGCAUGACACGUCCAUCCUCCCACUUAAAAAGACAUCCUGAAGUCUGUAAUUACUGAGAAAAAAAAGAGUACAGCAUUAACGCUUGCCGUCUAGGGAAAGUAUACGUGCUUUUUUUUUUUUUUUUUUUUUUUUAAUGAGGAAGGAGAAAAUCAGAUGAGAUGGGACAGCUCUUAUAAUGAAAUAAAAAACAAAAAGAUCAAACACACUCUGGGCCCUUCGAGUUCCAUUUUAUCAAUCUGUUGGGUAAGAACUCUUCAAGCCAAAGUCAGCUAAAAAGACUCGCCGAUGAUUAGUUUUAAAAUCUUAUAACACAGCAAUGCUAUUUUGAACCAUCCCCGUUUCCUGAAUCCCCUCUAGGAGCAGAGCUGGGCUGGAUUUGUUGGCUCACGUGGAUGUCCUUCAGGGGGUGGGUUAACAAAAUCAUGUUUGACAUUGCUUCCUCUGCCACAAAGAACAUAAUCUGCUGACACAUGUCUAGGCCCAGCACAGGCUGGGGGCCCGGGAGUGAGACAGAGGGGUUUCUCCCUCUUCUCAUGGUUCAAAGCUGCCCCCCCCCCACUGUGGCCAGAGCAGGAAUGCUUCUUGGAUGCUCUCAUGACUCAUCUGCUUCUCUGGACCCAUCCUUUGAGUUGGUGGGUAGCCAGCAGUCCGGCCGAGGACGGAAUGGUGCUUUCUAUUCUGUCCUUUAGUACAAUAGAGCAGGUAUUUCCAGCUGAUGAGCAUUGGGCAGAAUUUUUGGAGUAAGAUCUUGUGGCAUCAAAGAGGGCCUAAUACAAGUUUCGAUGUUCUUUGAAACCUAGAGGUGAUUCUCUGAUGGAUGCAUGUCUCUGCCCUCUGGGCAACUUAAUAUUUCAAGUAAUUGAAUCCCAGCCUACCUGCCUGCCCACCUGCCUCUGUGUGCUCACAUCAUGGCCUUGCGUUUAUUGAUUUGCUGAUGUUGUUGCCACAAGCUCCCGAAAAUGCUGCAGCACCAAAUCACAGGACUGGGGUUCCUGUAAUGGCAACGCCCCCUCCUCUUCCAGCACUUUAGCAGAGGAAUCCCACGCCCUCCCGUGGGGCCCCGUGCUGGCAGGAUGCUCAUUCUCUGCAGGCUGGGGCUAGGCCUAGGGGGGGGGGUCUCAGGCUGAUCCUGUGGGACCAAAUCUGGAGCCAGAUGUGCUAAAUCGCACAGCCCAGGUCGGCAUCCAGGGGACCAGGUGGCCUCUGGUGUGGACCAUUGGGAAGCGCAUGGGGUCUGGUUUUUGUGAAAGGUUCCAGGAGGAGAGCCUGCCUGGUGAGCUGGUUCUGUUCAGAGAAAAUGAACUGAAUGCUUUCAGGAGGGGCUCUCAAGAGUAACCCAACAGCUCCUCUUCCAGCUGUGAAAGGAGCACCAUCACCUUGCACAAUAUUGCUGUGUUUCAAUGAUUGUUUGCCGAGUCAUGAGGAGGUAGAUGUUUUGUCGUAAAUUUGAAUGUGUUUGUUGUUUCCAGACUUUAAGCAAUGCAGAUCAAGGCAAUAAAUAGCACUUGGAAAACACUGCAUCGUGGUCCCAACAGCACUCUUGAGUGCAUUCUGGUUCUGCAGUCUCAUGGCUUCCAGCCUGGGGCACCAGGGAUUUUUAAGGAAUUGGUUCACGCAGACAUAGUA